AUGGACGUCCAUAAUGCCUUCCUUCAUGGGGAUCUCGAUGAGGAGAUUUAUAUGGAUAUUCCUCCCGGUCUUCGCAAUCAGGGGGAGAAUCUUUCUCAUAGUUUAUGUGGAAAUGAGGAGAAAGCAAUCAUAGAAUUUAAAGAGUAUCUUCACAGUACAUUCCACAUUAAAGAUUUAGGGACACCAAAAUAUUUUUUGGGUAUUGAGAUUGCUUGUUCCUUAGAAGGAAUAUCUCUCAGCCAACAGAAAUAUGAACUUGAACUCAUUGCAUACUCAGGACUAACUGCAUGCAAACCAAGCGUCAUUCCCGUUGAAGAAAAUGUUAAGCUCACCAUACAAGAAUAUGAUGAGAAAAGCAAAAACCCUAAGAUUGAUCCGUUAUUAGAAGAUAGUUCCAACUAUCAAUGGCUUGUCGGAAGGCUCAUUUAUAUUACCAUGACUCGACCAGAUAUCAGCUAUGCAGUACAAAUCCUCAGCCAAUUCAUGCAUGCCCCGAAGCAAUCCCACAUGGAUGCAGCAGUGAAGGUACUAAAAUAUUUAAAGGGAUGUCCAGGGCUGGGACUUCUUUUGCCAAGGAAAGGAGACCUCAACAUCACUGCAUACUACGACUCAGAUUGGGGUUCAUGUCCAAUGACAAGAAGACCCCUCACUGGUUUCUGUGUUAAACUUGGAGAAUCCCUCAUUUCAUGGAAAACAAAGAAGCAAUCCACUGUAUCACUUUCAUCAGCAGAAGCAGAAUACAGAGCUAUGGCCAAAACCACAUGUGAAAUCACAUGGAUUCUUGGAUUAUUACGGGACUUGAAUCUUCAAGUGAAAACACCAAUCAAGCUUUACUGUGACAACAAAGUAGCAAAUGAUAUUGCAGCCAAUCCAGUCUUCCAUGAAAGGACCAAGCACAUAGAAAUUGAUUGUCACUUUAUCAGAGACAAGAUACAGGAGGGUAUGAUUAAAACAAAGCACAUCUGA